AUGCUACACAGCGUACUAUUUAGAGCCGCUUCAAGGAGUUUGAGAAACACGAGACAAUAUGCUACGAAAAAUCAAUUAGACCUUUCAAAGCUCACGCAACGAGAGAUUCAGCAGCUUCGUACGAUGAAAUUUCAGCAGGAUAGACGUUUUAAAGAUCGGACGGCGGCGUAUUAUUUUACCAGCAUUGCAGUGGUGUUCUUGGGACUUGCAUAUGCAGCUGUUCCGCUUUAUAGAGCCAUUUGUGCUAGGACCGGAUGGGGUGGAAUACCGAUCACUGAUAAACGGAAAUUCACAGACGACAAAUUGAUACCUGUGGAAAGCGAGAAAAGAAUAAGAGUCUCAUUCACCAGUGAAGUGUCGCAAAUCUUGCCCUGGAAAUUCACACCGGAGCAAAGAGAGGUCCGUGUAUUACCGGGAGAGACGGCUUUAGCCUUUUACAGGGCCAAAAACACCAGUGACAAAGAUAUCAUUGGAAUGGCGACAUACAGUAUCACGCCGGGAGAUGCUUCGCCUUAUUUCAACAAGAUCCAGUGUUUUUGCUUCGAAGAACAAAGACUAGCCGCAGGCGAAGAAAUCGAUAUGCCUGUGUUUUUCUUCAUCGAUCCUGAUUUUGCGAAGGAUCCACGAAUGCGGAACAUCGAUGACAUUGUAUUGCAUUACACCUUUUUCCGGGCGCAUUAUGCCAACGGCGGUGCCGUGAGUGAAAGUGCAAGCCCGGAGGUGAUGGACGCUAGAGAUCAACCCCAGUCUCAGCCUCAGUGA